GUGGGUCCACCGUUCUCACAAACUCCUCCAGUUUUCCAUAAUCUAUGUCUUCUUUCUCUCUCCUCCAUCCUUCCUCUCUUUCCAACACCACCCCACUGCUUCACCACACAUUCCCCCAUUAAAAUCCCUUUAAUCUUAUCUUCUGGAUUCACGAUUCUACUUUUGAUUCUACCAACAAUUCAAUUGUACCGGAAAUAAACUGUUCAAUUCUAAUCUUAAUUUUAAUUUCUAUGCUUGAUUGUUCUGGGGUGUGUGAUAAUCGAAUCUUUCGGAAACUUAUGAAUUAGGGUUUCCUUAAUCGAAUUGGGGGAGGAUUUAAACUUAAUUAUAACGUCAUGGGACUUGAUGAAUCCGAUACAAUUGAUGAUGCUGAUGGUGGGGGUAAAUCUUUGAGUUCAUCCAAUGUUUCUUGCUCAAUUUGUCUCGAACCUGUCACCGACAAUGGUGAUAGAUCUUGGGCUAAGCUUCAAUGUGGUCACGAAUUUCAUCUGGAUUGCAUCGGUUCUGCUUUCAAUAUCAAGGGAUCAAUGCAAUGCCCAAACUGUCGGAAGAUUGAGAAAGGUCAAUGGCUUUUUUCCAAUGGUUGUCGUUCAUUUACGGAUAUGAUGGAUGACUGGCCCCAUGAUGAGGAUCUUUAUGACCUAAACUACUCUGAGAUGUUUGGUCUUCAAUGGUGUCCAUUACCUGCGUUUUCACGGAUUCCCUCUUUUGAGGAAGGAGAGUUCCCAUCUACUCCUUAUCAUGAUUUUUUGGGUCAACAAGCUGUCUAUGCUGAACAUACGGCUGUUUCAUCUUCUACACAUCAAUGCCCUUAUGUAGCAUAUUAUGGACCAAUCCAUUCCUCAUCCUCAAACUCUGUUGGAAGUGUAUCUGAUGGCUCCAAUUUUAAUAAUCGCUGGGGAGGGCCAUCUGGACCCAGUGAAAUGCCAGCUUCUUAUGCCUUUGCUGCCAUGGACCCCCAUUAUCAUGGUUGGGAGCAACAGUCCUUGAGCUUUUCUUCUAAUGGAAAUCGGAUGGGUGCUUCUGAUCAACCUUCAGCUCCAUCUUUGACUUCGAGAUCCUCACGGGUGAAUUCUGAUUUGUCAAGAUCAGGGUCAUUUGUCCAUCCAUUUGUUGUAAGCCACAGUUCUGGCAGCAGGGUUGGAAGUUCUGUCACCUCAUCUAUGAUUCCACCAUAUCCAGGCAGUGCGGCUCGAGCUCGUGAUCGUGUACAAGCUCUUCAGGCAUAUUUUCAGCCACCUAGCAGCUCCCCGCCCAUACGUGCACCCAUCAUGUCCAAUACAAGAAGAUCCAGUGGCCAUAGAGGUUUGUCCCAAGGGGCCCCAAUUCCCUCAUCAUCUGAUCAGACGAAUGGAGGCUUUUUUGUAUACCCAUCAGGUACAUCCACUCGGAGCUUUCCUGAAGCGGAGAAUCCAAUAUCUAGCAGGUUCCGUGGGUGGGAAAGAGACCAUUUGAGUUCUUUCCCAUUAACUCAGGGUGAUAGAGACUCCAAUUGGCUUCCCCACCAGGUUGUUGGUGGGUCCAGCAGUUUCCGCCAACGACAUGGAUCUGAACGGACACCAUCACAAAAUCGGUCGUAAGACCACACAUUCUAUCCUUUUUUCCGUUAUUGGGUGAAAGCGGAAAACAAAUUGCCAAUAUUACAACUGCAGAAACCAAUGAAAUAUGUAAUGUGUGAAAUGAUGCAGAAUGGUUUUAUUUGAUGUUUCGCUUGGAAAAGCGAGACUCCUAUAUGCUGUUGAGUGGAUCCUGAAAUGGUCCUUUCUGGCAGUGGCUUCAUAGAAAGCUUAAGCCUCGAGGGUAUUUAGGAUAAGACAUUGAAUCGUAGAUGACCGAUGGUUUAUGCGGAGGUGUCUGUUGCCUUAGAAAGCGAAUUGGGGUUGUCUUGCUAGAAUGCCUGAAGGUUUGUGAGAAAGGGGGGACUGAAUUCUGUUGCAUGUUAACUUAUCCCCGUAUAUUUGUGGUAAUUGUAUGCAAAAAUUCAAGAAGUUUUGAACCAUUAUAUCUUUUCAUAUUUUUUCA